AUGUCAAGCACGUCCGGGAUGCAGAACCCAUCUUGGUUCCUCUACGGUCCAGGCUCGGCCAAGCUCGAAGACCGCCCGGUACCAGAAAUAAAAAAUGACCACGAUGUGAUUGUGCAAAUCAAAUAUGUGGGCGUCUGCGGCAGCGAUGUCCACUUCUGGCAAGAAGGCGGCUUCAUGCGCAAAGUUAGCACCUUGAACCCCCUCGUAAUGGGCCACGAAGCAUCGGGAACAAUCUUCUCAGCCGGUUCCGGCGUCACUUCCGUCAGAGUAGGCGACAAAGUCGCCAUCGAACCAGGCUUCCCCUGCCGCCGUUGCAAGAACUGCAAGGACGGCGUGUACAAUCUCUGCCCGCGGAUGGCCUUCGCCGCAGACCCGCCGGACAACCACGGCGCGCUCACAAAGUACUUUGUCGUGCCGGAGGACUUUGUCUACAAGGUCCCCAAGGAGGUGAGUCUGCAGGAGGCGGUGCUGGUCGAGCCGACUGCCGUGGCUGUUCACUCUGCUCGUCUGGCGGAGAUUAGGUACGGGCAGGACGUCGUUGUGACCGGGUCCGGAACGAUUGGGCUGCUUUCCGCCGCGGUGGCGAAGGCAUUUGGGGCGAAGAGGGUUGUGCUUGUGGAUAUUCUCGAGAGGAAGCUCGAGUUUGCGAGGUCGUUCGUAGAGUGCGAGACGUUCCUUGCGGAUGUCAAGACGGAUAGCGAGGAGACUGCCUCGCAGCUCUUGAAGAGGUUUGGCAUGAAUGAGGGAGCAGAUGCUGUAAUCGAGGCUUCUGGAGCGCAGUCUUCGAUCCAGACGGGCAUCUACUUGCUGAAGCGCGGAGGCAGUUAUGUUCAGGCAGGACUGGGCAAGGCCAGGCCCGAGGUUCCCAUGCUUGCGUUGUCGGAGAAGGAGCUCAAAGUCAGAGGAUGCUUCCGCUACGGCUCUGGAGACUAUGAGACAGCCCUUUCUCUCAUUGCACAAGGGCGAAUCAACACCAAGGCGUUGCUAUCGAGCAUUACUCCUUUCGAGAACGCUACCGCUGCUUGGGAUAAGACGGCAAGUGGCGAGGGCAUCAAGAAUCUCAUCGAGGGAGUGAAGGAUUAG